CGCUACAUAAAAUCGUCCCUCGACAUCUAGCUAGUUACGUUGGACAAGCGCAAUUUUGUUAAAUCGCUGAACUAAGAAAUUGCGUUAAAAAAAUGCCGUGUGGCAAAAACUUUAGGAGGAGAAGGGACUCGUCAGACGUGGAGGAGGAUGAAACAACUGAAGAAGUCAGAUCAAAAUUAGAAGAGGCUAAAGAGCUUCAGAGUUUGCGGAAACGACAGACCGGAGUCAGUGUGACCGCUCUGUUGGUAGGAGAGAAACUGCCACCAGAGGCUGAAAUUGAUAAUGACCCUUUCAAAUUGAAGACCGGAGGAGUUAUUGACAUGAAGAAAGUCAAAGACAGGAAUAGGGACAUGACAGAAGAAGAGACUGACCUCAACCUGGGCACCUCCUUUUCUGCUGAAACUAACAGACGAGACGAGGAUGCGGACAUGAUGAAAUACAUUGAGACAGAGCUGAAGAAGAAGAAGGGGUUGGUGGAAGCAGAGGAACAGAAAGUUAAGGUGAAGAAUGCAGAGGACCACCUGUAUGAGCUGCCCGAGAGCAUCCGAGUCAAUUCUGCCAAGAAGACAGAGGAGAUGUUGUCCAAUCAGAUGCUGAGUGGGAUUCCCGAAGUUGACCUUGGCAUUGAUGCAAAGAUAAAGAACAUUAUCUUCACAGAGGAGGCAAAAGCCAAGCUUCUGGCAGAACAGAGGAACAAGAAAAAAGACAACGGCACAUCAUUUGUACCUACCAACAUUGCUGUCAACUACGUCCAACACAACCGCUUCUAUCACGAGGAUGUGAAUGCACCACAGAGGCACCACAGACACAGAGAAGAGCCCAAAGCAAGGCCACUCCGUGUGGGAGACACUGAGAAACCAGGUCCAGAAACGUCAUCACCACCCAACUACCGCAAACGUCCAAACAACGAAAAGGCCACGGAUGACUACCAUUAUGAGAAGUUCAAGAAGAUGAAUAGACGAUAUUGACCUGGGUGUUUAUUUUUUAUUUUUACAGAAUACUUAAGUGGAUGUCG